AGAGCAUCAGGGCCGAUUCAGCAGAACACAAUUUGGGAAGCAUGAAAACAGGACAGCACCAAGAGGCCUAGUCGUGCUUUUCCCUGCCCAGCGGACCCUCCAGGACUUCAAACACUGACUGCGGACUCAGAUGUCUAUUUCCAGCCUGCCCUGCUCUGUCACUGUCUAUACUUUUACCAGGGAGGGCUCUUCCUGGAUUUAUCACUUGACUGCUGCCUUCCAGGAGGCUCACCUGCAACUUCUCUGGAGUGAAAGGGACAGAACAUGCUGUUCUGGCGCUCUCUGUGCAGGAGCCCUGUCCAAUCUCUUGCUCUUCCAAUCGGACCUAUGUCCCCUCCAGUGGAUUCAGCAGUGCGUUUUUAAAGGGGAUCCAGCGCUGUCACCUGCCCGAUCUUGAUCAGCUAUUACGGGUCAGCACUGGUUGCCAGAAUGCAAAACAAAUGGCAGGAAGGAAAUUAACAGCAGGGCAAACUACACACCUUGAUGCAUCGCUUCCACACAGCUGGUUCUGGAGCUUCCAUUGGUGGCGAACACGCAUGUUAUCAAAUGAAGCUUAGAAGGAGGGCUGUCAAGUUUCCAGUUUAUUCCCCAGGUACUUUAUGGCCCAGACUGCCUUCUGGAUCAGGAAGAUACUGGAAGCUGUAAAACGCACAAAGCCAGGCUUUGUUGCCGCGUGAGCGUGCCCAAGGACCCUGGCCCUGAGUGUUGCCACCACGUGGCCCUGUCACAUGCUCCUCUGUUUUCCCCACUCCUCUUUCCGGGUCCAUCCCUGGAGAGAGGAUGGAAGAAGCCGGAGUGAAACCUGGCCGCCUGGGCCAGCUGCCCAUGCACGGAGGACCCUGUGGGUACUGAAAUCCAACUCACCCAUGCCUAUUUCCUGUAAUGGACGAACUUGAUGCUAAUGUGAGUUCCAAGGAGGGUUUCCGGUCAGUGGAGAAGGCCGUGCUGCUCACGUUUCUCUCCACGGUUAUCCUGAUGGCCAUCUUGGGGAACCUUCUGGUGAUGGUGGCCGUGUGCAGGGACCGGCAGCUCAGGAAAAUAAAAACCAACUAUUUCAUUGUCUCUCUUGCCUUUGCGGAUCUGCUGGUCUCCGUGCUGGUGAUGCCCUUCGGUGCCAUUGAGCUGGUUCAGGACAUCUGGAUUUACGGGGAGAUGUUUUGCCUCGUCCGGACUUCUCUAGACGUCCUGCUCACCACGGCAUCAAUUUUUCACCUGUGCUGCAUUUCUCUGGACAGGUAUUAUGCCAUCUGCUGCCAGCCUUUGGUCUAUAGGAACAAGAUGACCCCUCUGCGCAUCGCGUUAAUGCUGGGAGGCUGCUGGGUCAUCCCCAUGUUUAUCUCUUUUCUUCCUAUAAUGCAAGGCUGGAACAACAUUGGCAUAAUUGAUUUGGAAGGAAUAUCCAAACCAAGGCUGGGCGAGGAUUUGCAUGUGAUAGAAAAAAGGAAGUUCCCUCAGAACUCUAACUCCACGUACUGUAUCUUCAUGGUCAACAAGCCCUACGCCAUCACUUGUUCCGUGGUAGCCUUCUACAUCCCGUUUCUCCUCAUGGUGCUGGCCUAUUACCGCAUCUAUGUCACAGCCAAGGAGCACGCCCACCAGAUCCAGAUGUUACAACGGGCAGGAGCCCCCUCGGAGGGCAGGCCCCAGCCGACAGACCAGCAUAGCACUCAUCGCAUGAGGACAGAGACCAAAGCAGCCAAGACCCUGUGCAUCAUCAUGGGUUGCUUCUGCCUCUGCUGGGCCCCAUUCUUUGUCACCAAUAUUGUGGAUCCGUUCGUAGACUACACGGUCCCUGGGCAGGUGUGGACAGCUUUCCUCUGGCUCGGCUAUAUCAAUUCUGGAUUGAACCCCUUCCUCUACGCUUUCUUGAAUAAGUCUUUUCGACGUGCCUUUCUCAUCAUCCUCUGCUGUGAUGAUGAGCGUUACCGAAGACCUUCCAUUCUGGGCCAGACUGUCCCCUGUUCAACCACAACCAUUAAUGGGUCCACACACGUGCUAAGGGACGCAGUGGAAUGUGGUGUCCAAUGGGAGAGUCAGUGCCUCCCCCCAGCAACUUCUCCUUUGAUGGCUGCUCAGCCCAGUGACACUUAGUCCCUGGGCAGUGACUCAGAAGACAGCCAUCCCUCCGAGCAGGGCCAGGUCCUAAGCUGCUGCUCGUGCGUGACUGCGCCUGGUGUCCUCUUCAUCCGAGCGUUCCAUCUGUCCGUCCGUCGGGGCAGGCACCCCAUGCCCACCGGGCUUUUCCUCCGGGAUUCCAGCAGGCAGCGUUGGCGGGAGUCAGAGGAGAGGAUGGCCCCCCUGUUCACUGGGGGUCCUCCUCCAGAGAUGCCCCUAUGAAGGGAUUUUUCAUUUCCCAACUCCUUCCUGGCAUUCGCCCUUGCUGCACAGUGUCUCUUGUCGCCAGUCUGUCCCUUUACUGUGCCUGGUCGGUCCCACUCAUGUUCCAGACACGAUCGCUCACUGUGUCCUAUCUCAGCCAUAGGUGUCGCUAAAUAUGCCUUCUUGGCUCUGCCUGCUCACAGACCAAUGUUGUCACAACUCCCCCUCCACCCCCCCCUCGUGCCUGUCGGUCAGAGUCGUUCGUGUUCAAAAGCACACAAUGCUCGCUUGUUCAAACUACUCACUGUCUCAUCUCACCCUGUUCUGUGCCAGACACUACCACACUUUCCUCCCGGGCCCCGGGUCCGAAUGUGUGGCCUCCCGGCCAGUCCCCAUGUCAGUCGCAGACUUCAUCUGCUCUUCCUUAUGUCUGGUGUCAGUCCUUCUCUCCAGGACAUGCUCCAUUUAUUUCCCAUGGAAGAAACUGGGGCAGAGAUCGACCCGAGGAACACAGUCUCCGCAGCAACCUUGGAGGGAAGCCGAAGACAGACAGCUUUCCCCAGAGCCGUGGCCUCAGCCCCUUCUGCUUCGAGAUGCCCGCCUUGCUCUACAACUAGAGCAGCAUCUUGUCCUAAGGGGCCUUGGGCAGGGCCCCUGCAUCGUAGUGUUUAUUAAAAGACUUUGGAAUCUUUCCUGGGAGCUUGUGGUGAGGCCCAGGACAGCAAUUUGUAACCCUGGAUUCUGGCCGUGUUGCUUUCAAAGGGGAGACUGUUGGGAGCUCAUACUGCUGAGACCUGUCACAAACUGCAGUCCCCUGUGGAGGAGGCAGGACCAAGCAGUGCCAGGGGCGCAAAAACAGUGCUUGACUUGAAGUCUGAGGACCUGGAUUCCAGCCCAGGCUCUGCUCCUAAUAGGCUGUGAGAUCUUGAUCCAACCCUUCCAUCACUUUCCACGUCUGUCAGUUGAAGCUUGGACUAGGGGAUCUCUAAGAUUCCUCUCCGUUUCUAGGACAACAGGAUGCAGCUAUAGUCAUCUGCUACCUCGAAAAGCCAUGGCCGGCAGGCCUUUUGUCUGUUUCAAAGGAACUAGCUUUGGGUCUUCUAGCCCCUUGACCUUGCAGCUUUGCCCUUCAGAUUCACCUGAAUGUCUUUCAUUCCAAGCCAUCCAUGGAGUGAACUGCCUCGGAGUGAAUGUCACAAAGAAGUAAACGCCAUCACGCCCCAGAGCCAUGGGGGGUUUGAACGUUGAUCUUGGCUGUGAUUUGAUAGCAUCUCAGGACUUUGUCACACUCUGUUCCCGCUGCUUAAGAAGAGUCAGUUACCAUUCCUGUUGAUUUUUUACUUUAGUCCUGGAAUUGAACCGGACAGGAAAGACUUUGGAAUGAGGAAGAGGAAAUUGCCCCCAAACCAUCCAAAUGCAAAAAAAAGAAAGAAAGAAAUCUGUCCUGUGAAGACUUCAUUUUACUGGGGAGAAAGUCAUGCCUUAGGGGAGGGGAAAACCUCUCAAGAGAAGUGUCCUUUGGAACUCCUGAGUGUUGUGGCGAAAUACUGCCCCAUGCUGAGAUGCUCCGUGGGAGGCAGGGCCUCUCGCUGGUCCAUGGAGCAGAUUCGGUUGGGAAUCUAUUCUCAUCACACGUGAAGAAAGUUUAUUAAGUCCUACCUUGCACCUGGACUGGCUAGACCAGCCUCCUUUGCUUUUUCAAGUCACUGUCAUCUGCCUUUACUAGAUUUGGGACUCAGGACCGUUUCAAGGAUGGUCCUUUUCUAACACAAAGGAGGGAACAGUAAGGUUCUGAGCCCCAGGGCCAAGAACCUGGCCGUCAGACCCCAGCUGUCUGCUCUGACGCCACCACGCUGCCCACCGCCUCCCGGAGCACAUGCACAUGAGUCAGUGGCUGACUUCCUGUGUGACCCUGAACUAAGAGCCGACCUCUCUGGACUCGGAGAGACUCUCUCCUGCCUACAUCACACAGUUGUUGUGGCGAUAAACGAUGUUUGUGAAAACAUCCUGCGAAUCAUAAAAUGCCAGUCUGUAUGUUGAUUGUUACUUUGGAUGUCCCUGCGCUCCCCAGGACUCAGAACUUCUUCACCAAGAGAUGAACCGAUUUAGAGAAUGAGCCCUCUGUAUUGAAAAACAAUGCCAAGGGAGCGCCUUUUGGGGGUCCAUUCUUCCAAAGCCACCCUUCCUCAUUCGGUUACUCCAGGUUUUGCAACCCACACAACGUUAAAGGUUCAUGCAUCACAAACCCUGUAUUUAUUGGGGUUUUGUUGUUCUCAAAAUAAAGGAAUGGUUGGAGAGAGAUGGGGGCUAAUUUGGUAAGAAUAGGCCUAACUUUAAGUAACUUCGAAGUCACAUGGAAUAAAUUCAAAGGCCUCUGCCUUGAAAACAUUUAUUUGGAGGAAAAGGGUCAUUAAAAUUAUAUAUAUAAAUUCUGUGGAAAAAAAAAACCAAAAACCCUCAAACAUGGACCAGACUGUGAAUGAGCAGCUGACAAUUAUGUUACAUAAAGAAUCUGCUAAGAUACUGAACCAGAUAACUUUUUAAUUGUUGACAGUAUUACAGUUACCCCCAAUUCCUUCCCCCUUUAAGAACCAGAUAUCUUUUGAGAUUUUUGCUAUAGAUAGCCUGUGUAAAUGAUUACUAAUUAUAAUUUAAUGUUAUUUUGCUAGCACCUUAAUUUUGUUUACAUUUUUAAUAAAGUCGAAUUACAAGUGAGGCCACAUGUAUGGGUCACAGUGCAUUGAGUCUCCUUGUAAUUGGCAUGUAAAUUACAUGAAUGCCCUCCCUAUAUUGAACAUGGGACUUAAUUAAAUAAUUAUAAAUGAUCACACAUUUUAAUGAUGGCUGUAUCUUUGGUCUUAGGAAAUUAUAAGUUAUACUUAUGGUUUAUUUGAAACUGAAACUUGGAAGGUACUGGAUUCCUUGAGUCGGAUUUGUUUCUAUGGGAAGAACCCAUGCCUUGAUGAUGAUAGACUUUUUUGAUGCAGUUCCCAGGAAUAUGUUCUGGGAAAAACAGGAGCCCACAGACUUGUGUGUUUUUUUAUUGAGAAAUUCUAUUUAUUGACAAACAUUAAUAAAUCACAUAUCUGUUUACAUCGGUGCAUUCUGUGUGGUUAUUAUAUACAUUAUAUACUGCGGGAAAUCUUAAGUCUUAAAACGAAUAAAU